AUGGCGUUCGUGAACCCUGACGUGGCACAGGCCAUCUGCAUCGCGGCGGUGGGGCUGGCGGCUCUGCUGGGCAUCGUCAUGUUCUUCCACUCCAGGGCAGCGCCUCCCAGGCGAGUGGCGGUGCGCAAGAUCCAUGCCGAGGUGUCGGACGACCGGGAUGAACCACGGGUCAGGAGUGGCGGUGGCCACGGCCGAGCCUCGGGCGAACGAUUUGACCGGCGAGAGGACUCUCACGAUGAACCGGAAGUGCCAGUGCCGCCCGUGAUCAAGAUGCCCGGCAGGCCCAAGGGCGAAGGCCGCAGACGGAACGCCGAGAUGGACGCCAUCACGAAUGACCUGGACACAGCGGGGAGGACGACUGCUGCUCCAGAAGCAACCGUUAGGGCCGAGGAUGUGGCGCCGCCCGCUCCUCCCAGCGCUGACCAUGGCAAGCCCGGGCUCUCAGACUUCGACAGGCCACCGCUGUCAAAUGGCCGAAACGUGGCCACUCUCCCGGCUGUGGCUAUUGGUGCCGCUCCCCUAAUCUGCGUAACCGGUAGCCACGCACGGUUACCGCUGCUUCCCGUGGAUGGCGUCUGCGACUUCGCCAUCUUUCGUGACAUCAUCUUUGGCGACAACGAAUGGGUCUCCGCCAGCAGCCGAAGCAAGCUGGACACGUACCUGCACGAGGCCGAGAAGUCGACGAGCACCACGUUCCUCCUCUCGUUCCCGGCCAAGAUGCGCCGCGAGCUGGUCCCGUUCCUCUCCUCGCCGGCGGCCAUUGAGCUCAUACGCAGUUACUCGUCACGUGGUAUCCGCGGGUACGGAUUUGCGCGCGCCGAGAUUGCCGCCGAGCAGCUGCACAAUGUGACCGACGAUUACAGCACCGUGCUCAAGCUCUUGAACAGUGCCAUGAAGUCAGCCGUCCCUACAUCUGGCAUCUCGUUCAUAGGCAUCUUCCUCAGAGCUAUUAAAAACUCCAAGGGAGCUGUGCUGCCUUUUCCGACUGAGAUUGCGAGCAACGUCAAUCUGUUCAUCGCUAUCUCGCACACCCCCGUGCUGCCGCCCAACGAUUGCAAAGUGGAGCCGACCAGCUCCUGGACCCAGGAGCACAUCAACGACUUUAGCCUGCCAUCCCUGAUGGGAACGUUGGAAAUGCUGCGGGAUGGUCGCAAUUUGAGCGCGACGUUCGCCAUGUCGCUAACCAUGGGCGUCUUGGACUACCGCGUGUCGACGGCAGGCCUGGCGGGAAUCGACGGAACCUGGAACGUCGCCUGCUCGCACAGCGAGCUCGAGCCCUUCGAGCAGACGUGUCGCAACCCUCUGACGCGAGGCACGGUGGGCGCGGACGACUUGAUCGUGUACGACUUCAGCAAGAAGACCAAGACGUGGCGCUCGUUCGAAACCACCGAGAGCAUCAUGGCUAAGCUACGCAAGUGCUACCAGUUGAUGCGCACUGCGGGCUUCGCCACGUUCGGCUGGGCCAUGUACGACGUCGACCUGGAGGACCACAGCACCGCAUGCGUGGCGAAGGCGCACAAUGAGCCAAGCCUCAACCGGAUCGUGCAGGCCAAGCAGCUGCUGAAGAACAUGGCCGCCAGCAAGGCUGCCGGCAGCCUGACUGUGUAGACAGGCGCCGCACACCUUAAAUUAAAAGUCAGCGCUUUCUUUUU